GCAUUUAUCGUGUAUCCACCAAGCUUGUUGUGUUGGUCCAUAUCAAAAUACAUUUCAUUGUGUCAGCAUUCCAGGAUAUAUUUAUAUAUCAAUUCAACAUUUAAAUUUCACUUCGUGGUAAUCAUUGUGCUAACAAUACACUUAUUUUUCAUUAUCAUAAUACAUCAUAUUUUGAUAAUAUAAUUCUUUGAUAAUACACUGACUUUAGUCUUCAAUAAAAAAAAAAACAAUAAAUUAUUUUUUUUUUUUCAAUUUGAGUUGAUUAAAGUUGCUUGUUAUUCAAUAGUGCUGGUGAAAGAAUUAAAAGUUCAACUGUGUAUGUGAAUGGUUAUUUAGCUUAAUUGAAUUUUCCUUGUUGUUAUUUUUUUUUUUUAAUUCAUCUGAGACUGAAAGAUAACAAGGUCAUUUGAAAUAACAAAUAUCAAAUCGUAUAUUAUUGCUGAGUUUGUGUGUAUACCCAAAGGAGAUUCCAGUUGUACAAAUUCACUAAUAUUACUGCAAUUUAAUCUCAAAAGCAAUCAGAUUGGAGUAAUGUCAUUUUGGUCAUAAAUUAUUCCGGAGGACGCAAUGGGACGGACAAGAGUUCCGCUGACUAGUGGAGGAAUGCCAGCGAUAUUACUCAUCCUUUUUCCCCUAGUCCUCACGGUGACAGCUGUACCAAAUGUCAGAUCAGAACCUUCAUUGGGUGUGGCAAAUAGCGUUGGACCAGUGCCAGGUGGAUCAUCAUCAGUAUCAUCAUCCUCAUCAUCCCCAUCAUCAUCAUCGUCGUCAUCAUCAUCAUCAGCAAUUGGAUCAGCAUCUGGUAGCAGUCAAAAUUCCGAUUCACUUGACACUGGAUUGAGUGGCAGUAAUAAUGGUGGUGGAGGAGGAAUUUCAAGUAGCCACUCUGUUAUGAGUUCAAGCUCAAAUGGCAAUGGCAGAUGUGAAGAUAUUACAAUUCCCAUGUGUCGUGGAAUUGGAUAUAAUUUAACAGCAAUGCCAAAUGACCUGAAUCAUGAUACACAAGAAGAAGCUGGUCUUGAAGUACAUCAGUUCUGGCCACUUGUUGAAAUCAAGUGUUCGCCUGAUCUUAAAUUUUUUUUGUGCUCAAUGUAUACACCAAUAUGUUUAGCAGAAUAUAGUAAACCACUACCAGCUUGUAGAAGUGUUUGUGAACGUGCUAGAGCUGGUUGUGCUCCAUUAAUGCAACAAUAUGGAUUUUCAUGGCCUGAAAGAAUGUCUUGUGAACGUUUACCAUAUCAUGGUGAUCCAGAAAAUUUAUGUAUGGAACAAGAUAAUCAUACUAGUAAUAGUGGUGGUGGAAGUAGUUCAUCAGGUUCAGCAAGUAAUCCAUCAAAUGCUGGUGGUGGUGCUUCAAUACGUCCAACAUCAAAACCAUCGAGAAAUAAUCAACCAGCCCGUUGUAAACCGGGUAAGAACCAAAAAAACUGUCAGGUUCCCCAGGAGGAAAAGACGAAAGAUUGCGACUGCAAAUGUCGAACACCUCUCGUCCCCCUGGGGGCAAAAAAUGUCGGCAUAAAUGGUCACGGAAUUCUGGAAAGCAUGACCGUCAUCGGGGUACCAAUGUCACCAGCAAUAGGACCACCCCAAAAUCGAGAUCUUGUAAUCGGGACAAAAUCUGCUCUAAGCAAUUGCGCCCUACCAUGCGAUGGAGCAGUUCUAACCGCCGAGGAACGAGAAUUCGCAGCCAUUUGGCUAGCACUUUGGAGCGGCCUAUGCGCCGCAAGCACACUCACAACCGUAAUCACAUUUCUCAUAGACAGACAAAGAUUUAAAUAUCCAGAAAGACCAAUUGUAUUUUUAUCAGCAUGUUAUUUUUUUGUAUCACUUGGUUAUCUUGCAAGAAGUGCAUUGAGUCAUGAAGAAAUUGCAUGUAAUGGAGAAUUAUUAAGAACAGGACCACAAAGUGUUGGUCCUUGUGUUUAUGUUUUUUUAAUGAUUUAUUUCUUUGGUAUGGCAUCAUCUGUUUGGUGGGUUAUUUUGGCAUUUACAUGGUUUCUUGCUGCUGGUUUAAAAUGGGGUAAUGAAGCAAUAAGUUCAUAUUCACAAUAUUUUCAUCUUGCUGCAUGGCUAGCACCAACAGCACAAACAGUAUAUGCAUUAUUAGCUGGUGGUAUUGAGGGUGAUUCAAUUGCUGGUGUUUGUACUGUUGCACCAGAUGGAAUUAAAAAUUUUAUAAUGGUACCACUAUUAGUAUAUUUAUUAUUGGGUACUAGUUUUCUACUUGCUGGUUUUGUCAGUCUUUUCCGUAUAAGAUCAGUUAUAAAACGUCAACCUGGUGCAAAAGCUGAUAAACUUGAAAAAUUAAUGAUACGUAUUGGUGUAUUUUCUGUGUUAUAUACUGUUCCAGCAAGUGCAGUACUUGGUUGUUAUCUUUAUGAAACAACAAUGAGAACAGAAUGGAUACGUACAUUAGCUUGUCCAUGUGAAUCACGUAUAAGACCUAUAUACUCAGUUCUUAUGCUUAAAUAUUUUAUGGCACUUGCUGUUGGUAUAACAUCUGGUGUAUGGAUAUGGAGUGGAAAAACAGUUGAUUCAUGGCGACGAUUAUGGCGACGUUUAUUUGGUGGUGGUGUAUCAUCACAUGGUGGUAAUGCUGGAAUAGUUGGAGUUACUGGUGUCAGUGGUAUUGGUAGUGCAAGUAUGAAAGGUGUUAUGGGACGUUCAAUGAUGCAAGGAUAUGCUACAUCUGGACCAGGUAGUGCAUUAUUACCACCAGGUAGUGUUGCAAGUGCAUCACAACAUCAUCUUCAUCACCAUGUUUUAAAACAACCACCACUUUCGCAUGUAUGACGUCAUCAGUCAGCGGGAGGCGAUAUGAAUACAGCUGGUUGUGAUUCGCAACAACAAAAUCAGUUGCAACAUGAAAGGCCCUCCGCAUUGAGUAAUUAUGGGCCCAUUUAGCCCUUCGCCUCGGCCUCAAGGAGGCAUACGCCAGCGCAUACGGCGCCACAUACACCACAUUCAGCUGCUACAAUUUAUUCAAGAAGAUCACUUGCUUCAACAACUGGUCCAUUAACACCAGCUCAUGGUCUUGCACCAUCUUACACUCAAGCAACUGAUGUCUGAUCCACAAUUCAACCCGCCAUCAAUGAGGGCAGGUGGUAAAAUUAUAUAUCAAUGUGGUGUAUUUUAUUCGUAAAAAAAAAAAAAAAUUUGCCAUACAAUUUUUUAUAUUUAAAAUACCAGAAAUACGUAUAUAAGACAGGGCUAGUUAGGGGUGAACUCUACUAAGACAACCCAGUGAGUCAUUUUAGGUGAUUUUUUUUAAUUUUGCUUAUUUUGUUGUUGUUUGUUUUUAAAAAUUAUUUCUCAUAUAAUUUUAUAAGAUUAUAAAAAAAAAAAAAUUUUAUUAUUAAUUAAUGUUUUUUUUUAUUUAUUCAAUUAUUUUUUUUUUUUUUUUAAUGAUAAAAUAAAUAAACCAAUUCAUUUGUAAUAGAUAUAACGAGACUAUAAUACUUUUCAUGCGAUAAAUUUAUAAAUUGGAAAAAGUUAACCGUCCUCGUAUGCGCAAUAAAAUUUUUUUGAAAAUAUUAAAAUACAGUUUAAACAUGAGACACUUUCUGGCUAGUUUGUCAAUGAUGAUUGUGCAUUUGUGAAUGUUUAUAUAAUGUGUAAAUGUAUAACCGUGAAUGAAGAAAAUAAUGUUUUUUCUAUUAUUUGAAAUUUUUUUAUAUAUUUUAUUAUUAUACUCAAGUCUAUUUAA